AUGGCCGUCGCAGUGAUUGGCAUGGGUGCCAGGCUCCCAGGGGAUGCCUCAACUCCAGAGGGCUUCUGGGACAUGCUCGUGGCAGCACGCUCAGCGCAGUCCGAUGUGCCCAAAUCCAGAUUCGAUUCCAAUGCCUUCUACCACCCUCACCCGGGUAGAACCAGUGCCAUAUCCGCUCGCAAGGCACACUUUUUAACUGAGGAUCCAUUGACUUUUGAUGCUCCAUUCUUCUCCAUUAAGCCAAAGGAGGCCAAAGAAAUGGACCCUCAACAACGGAAUCUUCUUGAAGUUUCGUACCAGGCUCUAGAGAAUGCCGGUCUGCCCGUUGACAGCAUCAAGGGAUCAAAGACAUGUUGUUAUGUUGGGGCCUUUGGAGGAGAUUACCGAGAUCUCUUGAUCCGUGAUAAUGAUGACUUGGGCCAAUACGCCGUAUCAGGACUUUGGUGUGCCCUUGCCGCCAACCGCGUCUCGUGGUUCUUCGACCUUAAGGGCCCUAGCAUGACUCUGGAUAGUGCAUGCUCCUCUAGUCUGAUAGCUUUGCACCUUGCUUGCCAGAGCAUUCUCCGAGGCGAAUCGAAGAUGGGCAUUGCAGCCGGGUCAAAUCUCCUCCUAGGACCCGAUACGGCGAUGUUUCUAAGCGCCGGAGGCAUGCUUUCACCAGACUCCAAGUCCCAAGCUUUUGAUCACAAGGCGAACGGUUACGCUCGUGGUGAGGGAUUCGGGGCCUUGAUUCUGAAGAACCUCGACGAUGCCAUUCGCGAUGGAGACCCUAUUCGAGCUAUCAUUCGAGGAACCGCAUGCAAUCAUGACGGCAGGACCCCUGCUGUCGGACACCCAAGUUCAACGGGACAGGCUGCCCUCAUUCGGGCCGCAUAUGAGACGGCUGGUCUGUCACCUCUGGAGACGGGAUACUUCGAGGCUCACGGUACCGGAACCUCAGUGGGAGAUGCGUUGGAAACAAAUGCAAUUAACCAAGUUUUCGGCCCCGGACGUGCCUCGGAUUUGUUUAUCGGAUCUGUCAAGACAAAUAUCGGCCAUACUGAGGGUACAGCAGGUAUUGCUGGAGUGAUGAAAGCAAUCCUGAUUGUAGAGCGCGGAUUGAUUCCGCCCAAUAUCUGGUUUGAGAAAUUGAGUCCGCGAAUUGAUCUUCCUCCGACUAUCAAGGUUGCUUCCGAACUCACUCCAUGGGCGAAUCCCGGCCCACGAAUUGCGAGUAUCAACUCUUUUGGGAUCGGCGGUGCAAAUGCCCAUUGCAUCGUGCAAGAUACCAGUUCAUAUCUUCAGGGACGCCAUGACUCAGAGGCGACAACUGACGACAGCCCCAUUAAUGGUGUUAAAUGCAGCGCGAAAGCUGACUCGAGCAGGCCCAUUUUGAUCGCUGUAUCGGCCCAAGACAAGCAAGGCACGGGUAGAAUAGCCCAGCAACUUGAAACAUACCUUGAUAACAAGCAGCAGAAAGACAAGGGCACAGAAAUUCUACAAAAUCUUGCCUUCACCCUUGCUAAAAGGCGCAGUGUCCUCCCGUGGAAGGCCUAUGGAUUAGGCUCGGAUGUUGAGGCUAUUCGUAAAUCGUUGGCCGGGAUCAAGGCCCCAGUGAGAUCAUCCCGCGCACCUCGUCUUGGAUUUGUUUUCACUGGCCAAGGUGCUCAAUGGUACGCAAUGGGACGGGAACUGUUUGCUUACCCAGAGUUCCGAGUCUCGAUUACCUCAUGCGACAGCACUCUGAAGUCUCUCGGGUGCUCGUGGAGUUUGCUGGAAGAACUCCAACGCAAUGAGACAGACUCCCGGCUGGAUACCACGGAAUUGAGUCAGGCAGUGUGUACGGCCCUCCAAAUAGGACUUGUGGACUUGUUCCGCGCCUGGGGGAUUCAGCCUGCUGCGGUCGUUGGGCACUCUAGCGGAGAGAUUGCUGCUGCCUACGCUGCCGGAGGUCUGUCUCAUCGGGCCGCUAUGGCAAUGGCCUACUACCGUGGUAUAUCUGCUUCAAGCAUUGAGCUGAACCCAAACUUGAUUGGCGGCAUGGCCGCUGUCAGGGCUGGUGGCGACAAGAUUACACCCAUCUUACGUGACCUGAAGAACGGGGUCGCUAUCGUUGCUUGUUACAACAGCCCCUCGAAUUGUACCGUAUCUGGAGACAGGGCCGCUUUAGAAGAGCUUCAACCUAUUUUGGAGAAUGCCGAUAUUGGAUUCACCUGGCUGAAUGUUAGGGUGGCCUAUCACUCGCCGCAUAUGGCCUCGGCUGCGGCAGCUUAUCUCGCAGACAUGACGACCUUUUCAGCUGAGAAGGACUCUUCUCAUCAUUUAGACGCUGUCCCUUUCUUUUCUUCUGUGCGCGGCGAACUCCUUGACUUGAGCGUUCUCGGCCCUCAAUACUGGGCUGAAAACCUCAAAAGUCCAGUUAACUUCACUGGUGCACUAUAUGCUCUUCUUCACCACUCCGGAGGCGAUUCCGGUGCAGAGCAUGGUUUGUACGUCGACGGUAUUGUCGAGAUUGGCCCUCACUCAGCUCUCCGUUCCUAUUGUCUCGAGAUAUGUCGUGGUGGAGAUAAUCCAGCAACCAUCCCCUAUGUUGGCUCUCUCCGCCGUGGCCACAGCGCCUAUGAUACGAUGCUCUCCGCAGCUGGUGAUCUCUGGUGUCUAGGAAGUCCCGUUAAUCUGUCAGUAAUCAAUGGGAUGACUUCUGACGCUACGAUUUUGGUGGAUCUCCCGCCAUACCCUUUCAACCAUUCUAUAUCAUACUCGGCCGAGACCACGGCAUCGCGCGAGUUCCGUUCGAAAGGAUAUCCUCACACGGGACUCUUGGGUGCCCCGGUCUUGGGAUCUAUGAUUCCUCAGUGGCGAAAAUUCCUACGGAUACGCGAUGACCCUUGGAUGAUUGACCAUAAAGUACAAUCUGGAACACUUUAUCCUGGAGCUGGUUAUGUAGCUAUGGUUAUCGAGGCUAUGAGCCAACUAGCUGACCCUGGAGCGGAGGUGGUGGGAUUCGAGCUUCAAGAUAUCGUCUUUGACGCUCCCCUACAAAUACCAGACGAUGACGAUCAGGGCAUUGAAACAGUGACCCAGAUCGGUUCUGCUAAGGAAUCUAUAGGAAGUUCGUGGUCAAGCUUUACCGUUGCUUCUCGCGGUGGUGGAAGAGAUGAAUUUUCCUUCCAGACGCACUGCAAGGGCAAGAUUCGUCUUCACUACAAGCCGACGGCGGGCUCUGAGAUGGCGCAAGAAAUCGAGCUUGAGCGACAGCGGUAUCUCGACGCAUACAAGGAUGCAGAAAAGCAGUGUCUGCGUCCAGUUCCAGACUUCUACGAAAAAGCAGCCCAGGUUGGUAUGGGUUUCGGACCCAUUUUCCAGAACUUGAAAAAUAUACACCGAGGCUCCGACAGGAGUCGUGCCACGAUUAUUAUUCCAGACACGAAGUCUGUCAUGCCAGGACAGUUUGAACACCCUCACAUCAUUCAUCCCGCCACUCUCGACGCCCUCGCGCAAACAGCACUCAAUACCCUCUCGGACAACGGAGAGGGCCUGGCAACUUCGGUGGUCGCAGCCGGACUCGAAAGCCUGUACAUUGACGCACAGAUUGCAAAGUCUCCCGGCCAUGUUUUCAAGGCUUCGGCGACUAGGGAUGUGCAGAGCAACCACGGUGCUAAAUUCACAAUUGCUGUGCUAGACUCCGAGACCAAUGCACCAUCUCUAAUUGCUAAAGGUGUUGAGAUCGCAUAUCUUGGCAAAUCUGAGUCUACGUCAGAGUCACCGAAUGAUGGACUUUGCUGGCAGACCGUAUGGGAAGCAGACGUCGAUCUCCUCGCUCCAGUCGGGGCGCGAGAAAUCAUCGCAUCGCGAGUACCUCCCGAACCGUUGAAGGGUGAGUGGAGUGACUCGCUGGAGCUCAUCACCUUCGCCCACGUUAGAAAGACGCUGGCGUGGCUAUCUGGAGAAGGCAAGGACUUUGUGCCCAAGACUGGCACGCUUAAGUACUACCAUGAGUGGAUGCUCGAUGUCGUUGAGCGGCGAAAAGACCUCCUUACGCAUCCAUUCGUGAACGAGGCGGAACCAUUUGCGGAAGCGAAUAAGAGCAAUGGGCCUGGGGCAGUAGUACUGGAGAUGGUGAGUCGGAUCGGGGUUCACCAGCAUGGCAUUUUCCAGAAUACCACCCAACCCCUAGAAGUGAUGCUGGAGGGGAAGCUUCUUCAUGAGUUCUACAACGCAAUUGGUACGACGUACAACACUGCCGUGUCGGAAUACAUGGGACUGCUUGCCCACAAGAUGGCCGGCAAAGCUACAGUCCUCGAAGUUGGCGCAGGAACUGGUGGUACAACCGCAAGGAUCCUAGAUCGGCUCCGUAAUACAGAUGGUAGCUCUAUGAUCCGUCGUUACGUCUUUACAGACGUAUCUGCUGGCUUUCUGGGCAAUGCUGCCACCAGGUUCUCGCAAGAUGCUUCAGUCAUGGAAUUCAAAACGCUCGAUAUUGAACAAAAUCCCCUAGACCAAGGUUUCGAACCUGAUAGCUUCGAUAUUAUCGUGGCAUCGGGUGUCCUUCACGCAACGAAGAGUAUUGCGACUACCCUUAACCACUGCCGAAGUCUUCUCAAGCCGGGAGGAAAACUUGUACUAGCCGAGCCUACGGAGAACACACUCUACGUGAGUUUCAUCAUGGGCACAUUGCCUGGAUGGUGGCUUGGUGAAGACGAUGGCCGCAAGGGCGGACCUUUGCUUAGCACGCCGAGAUGGGACGAUGCUCUACGCAGAACAGGCUUCAGCGGCGUGGACGUGGAGUUCCAGUCACCGCCAGCUCCAAUGUCUCUCCUUGUGUCGACGAAGCUUGGAGGCCAGCCAAACACCGUGAAGCUCAGGGCCUCGCUGGAUCUUUUGCUUAAGAAUGAUGCUCCCUUGCGUAUCAUUGUCGAUAGCCCGCCCGCUUCCGAUUCACCGGCCCUUGCCUUGCAGGACCUUCUGUCGCGUUCGGUUCAAAAUGUGUCAGUGGUUACCUGGGAAUCACUGUCGACCACUGACAUAGCGAACGCAUAUUUCCUAAGUCUCCUCGAGCUGGAUAAGCCAUUCAUUCGGGAUAUUGAAGAGAAAGACUUCAAGAAGCUGAAAGAGCUUCUAUAUGGAUCCGCUGCAGUUUGUUGGAUGACGAGCGGAGCUAGCAUUGACUCGCCAAACCCUGAAUUAAGCCUCAUGACAGGUCUCGCCAGGACACUCAUUAGUGAGAGCGACGUUAACAUCAUGUUAGUCGACUUGGAUAAGAACAACGGAGUAAUUGAACAAGAGUCUUUAAGCAUUGCUAGUACAAUUGUUCUUUCUCAUAUGGCUGGAAAUAUGAAAGAGCGCGAAAUCACUAUACGCAACCGAAUCCCGCAGAUACCUCGUUUGCUGAGACACGGAGAGUUUGAAGAUUUGUUGCGUAGACAGAAAGGAGAUACCGCGGUGCAGCUUGUGCCCUACGGCCAAAUCAAGGAGCCUGUCAAGCUUGUUGUCCAGCAGACAGGACUGCUUGACAGAAUGUGCUUUGAAGUUGACAAGGAAGCCCUUCUCCCCGUCCCAGAUGAGUGGGUUGAGAUUGAUGUAAAAGCUGUAGGAUUGAAUCCUGAGGAUUUGCUCACUGCGUUGGGCAAGCUAAAAGACUCGAGCAUCUUCGGUUUCGAAUGCAGUGGCCAAGUCACCCGAGUCGGCAGCAAGGCCGUGGGACUACAGCCUGGCGAUCGUGUUUGGGCUUGGGCUGAGAACUGUCUCGGCACGUCCGCUCGCUUUCCGUGGUGGACGGCGCUCAAAAUGCCAGCUUCAAUGGGCUUUGAGAAUGCCGCUAGUUUGAUGGCAGUCUACGUAACUACGUACUACAGCUUCUUCCAGGCUGGCAGGUUGCAGGCAGGCGAGUCAGUGCUCAUACACUCGGCCGCAGACGCCAUUGGACAGGUUGCUAUUAUCCUGGCACAGCAUAUUGGAGCGGUCAUAUAUUGCACAGUGGACUUUAAUGAGAAGAAGGCAAUGCUCACCAAAUCAUACGGCAUCCCGGCGGACCAUAUCUUCAGCACUCAACAAGAUGCCUUCGCUAAGGGAGUGAUGCGGAUGACGAAAGACAAGGGUGUUGAUGUGGUUCUUAACUCUCUUGCCGGAGAGUCACUCAGGCUUUCUUGGCAAUGCCUUGGAGAGUUUGGCCGUUUCCUAGAGAUUGGUAUAACGGACAUCCAAGCCAAUAAUGCACUGGAAAUGAGGCCUUUUGCGCGGAACCGGUCUUUCAUUGGAGUCAAUCUCCGUGACUUCAUGCGCUGGCCAGUUGCUUCGGCUCGUGCGACUAUGGAUGGGCUUCGGGAUUUGCUUGACAAAGGUAUUGUCAAGCCUGUGAAGCCUAUUAACAUCGUCGAUAUUGGGGACGCGGAACAGGCGUUUCGUCAUAUGCAGAGAGGUAAGAGCAUGGGUAAAACCGUGCUUCGUAUGUCACCGGAUAGCCAUGUACAGUACAAGUUGUCAUUGCCACGCAUGCCCAUCGACCCCACGGCUACUUAUCUGCUAGUUGGUGGUAUGGGAGGUGUCGGCAGAGUGUUGGCCAACUGGCUCAUAUCGGUUGGAGUAAAGAACAUGGCAUUCAUCUCCAGGUCCGCUGCAACAAAUUUGGACAACCAAAAGUACCUGGAAAACCUCAGGAAUGAGGAAGGAAUCAACGCCAAGGCGUGGGAUUGUGAUGCCAGUAACAAGGACGGACUGAAGAAGGCGCUUUCCGAUGUUCAAUCGACCAUGCCUCCGAUUAAGGGAACGAUUGUGGCUUCCAUGGUCUUGCGGGAUUCUCAUUUUGAACGAAUGAGCCUGGGAGACUGGACUGUCGCUGUCCAAUCAAAGGUGCAUGCUUCGCAAAACCUGCACGAGCUCUUACCGAAGAAUCUUGACUUUUUCGUCAUGCUUUCUUCAGGAGGAGGUAUCAUUGGAUACCGUGGUCAGGCCAAUUAUCACGUUGGUAAUGUGUAUCAAGACGCCCUAGCCCACCACCGACGUGCUCAGGGACAGGCUGCUUUGACUAUUGAUAUGGGUCCAGUCCUGGGUGUUGGCUGGAUGGCCGGCGAGUUUGUUGACGUCUCAAUGCAAAAUUUGCAGCUUGCUGGUAGCGUACCGUCUAACCCAGCUCACCUCGGUGCUCUGAUUGCCGCCAGCUUCGGACCUAAUGCACCGCCUCAUCCAGCGAACAUCACGCUGGCACUUCCCGCCAGCUACCCCGGUGGUGAACCUUACUACUGGAUGAACACGCCUCGAUUCUCGGCCCUCUGUGUACCUAGCAGGAGCACUGGCCCUGCAGCCGUCCAGAACGGCCAAAUCGAUAGCCAUCCGCCGUUGAAGGACGAGAUCGUCGAGGCUGAUGACGUGCGAGCUGCUGGACGCAUCACGACUACGCGCCUGCUCGAGUGGAUAGCACGGCUAAUGGCAAUGCCCCUAGAGGAUAUUGAUACACAGAAGCCUCUGACAGCGUACGGCGUUGAUAGUUUAGUUGCGGUGGAGCUACGGAACUGGCUGCGAAGGGAGACGGGGCUGGAACUGGGAGUAUUGGAUAUGAUACGCGACGUCCCCAUGGCGCAGUUUUGCUUGGAGACAGCUGCAAGGGUGAGGGGAGAGAGCGGCAAAGAAUGA